GCUGAUUGCAAUUCUCAUCUCCUGCCAGGCCAUAGAGAGUUUUGCACUAACUGUGAAGGAAAUUGCCCAGCUGUUACAAUCCUUUGGCACGGAGCUGGCAGAGACCGAGCUACCGGAUGACAUGUAUUCCAUCGAGCGCAUCCUGGCCCUGCGCACGGAGAAGUACUACCAGCUCAAGGAAGAUAUUACAGCAGUCACAAAAGAGGGAAACUUGCUUUUGAGCAGCUUUGAAGAGCCGGACUCUGGGGAAUGCAGCGAGGACCAACCCCGUGAAAGGCCUGGGGACUGGGAGACUGUGAAUCGGUUACUUGGUCAGUUGCGUGAGAUGGAGACUGCUUUUGAUGGCUUCUGGGAAAAACAUCAGCUAAAAAUGGAGCAAUAUUUACAACUGUGGAAGUUUGAGCAAAGUUUUCAAGAGGUCAAGAAUGCCAUUGAAUUUCUCACGGGUCAGCAAGCAGAGCUGCCUGACACUGGUGACAGUGUCCUCCAAGUAAAACAGAGGCUCAAGGACUUGGCUCAUUUCGAUGGUAUGGCUCAGGAUCUGAUUGGAAAGGCUCAGGUGGUGAUACUACAUGGACACCAGCUAGCAGCAAACCAUCACUACGCCCUCAACUUAAUCUGCCAGCAAUGCAACGAGCUGCGGCACCAUUCUGAUGUCUUGUCUGAUGAGAUCAAAAGGAAGCAGAUGCGGCUGCAGAAGACCCUGGAUCUCCAUACCCGUCUUCAGCAGGCUCUGCAGUGCUGUGAUGAAGGUGCCUACCUGCUUGCCAACCAGCAGAUGGAUAAGUGCCAGUCUAAAGAAGGCGCUCAGAAAGCUCUCCAGGACAUAGAAAGGUUUCUUGAAAGCUCUUCAACCUACUUAAACUAUGAUCCCCAAGCCCUACACUACGAUUUUGAGUCAGUCUUAACAUCGGAACUGAAGUGCCAGAUACAGUCAGUGCAGGUCAAGCUUGAAAAUGUUCGAAGCAUGUUUGAGAACCGUCAGUCUUGCUUCAAGAAGCUGCUGGAUAAACACGUGCGGCCUGUCCAAUUGGUAGCCCCAAGGCCAGAAAAUCCACCAAGAUCAAAAUCACCACUGUUCUCUCCCAAACAUGGUGUGGAUUUUAAUUCCAGUUUGAAGUUUUCAUUUGAUCUCUCUCUCCCUGGGAAGAAAACGUCAAGGAAAACCCCAAGUUCUCGCAAGAUUGAAGUCAUGCAUGACUACCAGGAAAAACGGAAUUCCUUGCAGUAUUUUAUAUCAGACAGUGAUGACAACUUAGAUAUACUAAAAGGCCAUGUCAUAAAUGAGCUUAUAGAAACAGAGAGAGUGUACGUGGAGGAGCUCUUCACUGUUUUGACGGGCUACAGAGCUGAGAUGGAUAACCCUGCCAUGCUCAUCCUCAUGCCUCCCAUGCUGAGGAACAGGAAGGAUGUCCUCUUUGGAAACAUGCCUGAGAUAUACGACUUCCACAACAAAAUUUUCCUGCACAGCUUGGAAAGCUGCCUGGGAGCACCUGAGAGAGUGGGAUUUUGUUUCCUAGACAGGCGAGAAGAUUUCCAGAUGUAUGAGAAGUACUGCCAGAACAAGCCCCGGUCAGAGUCCCUUUGGAGGCAGUGCUCCGAGAGCACCUUCUUCCAGNNAUGCCAAAGAAAAUUAGAGCACAAACUCGGCCUGGAUUCCUAUUUGCUCAAACCAGUGCAGCGCCUGACAAAAUACCAGUUACUUCUGAAGGAGCUGCUAAAGUACAGCACGAGCUGUGAUGGAGUUCAGGAACUUCAGGAAGCUCUGGUUGCAAUGUUGGAUUUACUAAAGUCAGUCAAUGACUCUAUGCAUCAGAUUUCAAUAACAGGAUAUGAUGGUGACCUGAGCGAACUGGGGAAGGUGUUGAUGCAAGGAUCAUUCAGUGUUUGGACAGGACACCGGAAAGGUCCCACAAAAAUGAAGGAUCUUGCCAGGUUCAAGCCAAUGCAGAGGCAUCUCUUCCUGUAUGAGAAAGCCUUGGUCUUCUGCAAGAAGCGAGAGGAGCACGGAGAUGGAUAUGACAAAACCUCAUCUUACAGUUUUAAGCACUUUUUGAAAAUGAAUGCAGUUGGAAUAACUGAGAAUGUGAAAGGAGACCAUCGGAAGUUUGAAAUCUGGUACAGCGGGAGAGAAGAGGUCUAUGUCGUGCAG